CCCAGUCAUUGCAACGAGUGGGGUGAGUCGACUGGCUGGCGCCAAUGGCGGAACUGAGACUCAUUAAAGUCCCGAGGUGGCUUUCCGAUCAGUGGCUCAACUCCAAACCUCAGGAGAUCGUGGCCGACUUGGAUCUGGAGAAAGGGACCUUAUGCACGCGCGGGGCCCGAACGCAGCAUUUUCGCCUGGAGAGACGUGAUUCGCCAGAGUUGUUCAGCUUUUGGCAGCCUUUGGAUGGCUCUGAGGUGCCCAUUGAGGGGCCGAUUGUCGAGGCUCUCAACGUGAUCCCGGACCUCAAGGACUCAGGGUAUCGGAGCCUCUUGCAACAAAGGAGCCAGGACAAUGCGUUGGCGUCCGGCAGCCGGAGUAGACACGAAGAAGAGAUCAUUCAGCCCAACGAUGGGCAUCGCGUCACGACGCGAAGCAGUGCGCCAAAGACGACGACGGGCACCGCUUCAGCCAAGCAGACGUCCUUCGAGGAGGUCCUGAGCUUGGUGGAAAAUGCCUUGAGAGCGGCCGAGAAGACUGGCCUCACCGGCCGGGAGAUCUUCGAGCGCCUGCCCGCGGGCGGGUGCACAUUAGCGCAGCUCAGAGAUGCGCUACUGGCUUUAGCCGUGCCUGCGCAGGACGGUUCCCGGCGCUAUGUUUACGCGCCAUGCCUGGGACGUGCAGCGUCUGGAGAGAUGAUCCGAUGGAGUGGAGAUGGCGCUCCUCCAAACGUUCCGCCCAGCUUCUACGGCUGGGCGCAGCUCUCACCUCUGCAGGUGAAGACGAGGGUGGCCUGGUCACGGGGCGUGUGAAGAAACGCCCCCGACAUGCCUGAGGAGCUUCUCUUGCUGAUCGCAGUUCUGAGGAAGAGCAGAGAGGCGUGCGACCGAAGGAACUCGAGAAAGAA